AUUUCUACUAAAGUAUUUUUAAUUGACUUAAUAGGAAUGUCGUUUAAACCAACAAAAGGUCUUUUGGUUAAAGACUGGAAACAAGAUGUGAUUUACCUUGUCCAAGUCCCCCGUACACAUCUUAUUCCAAGUCCAUCACCUUUUGCACUUAAAUUGGAGACGUGGAUUAGAAUGAAUGGGCUUACUUAUAGAAACAUUAACAAUGAAAUGUCGAAAGGAUCAUCUAAAGGCCAAAUUCCUUUCAUUGAAUUAAAUGGACGACAAUUUGCUGAUAGUAACCAAAUAAUGGAACAUUUAAAAAAUUAUUUUAAACUUUCAAUUGACUCGAAAUUGAACAGCAUGGAAAGAGCACAUUUAAGAGCUUAUACAAUACUUAUUGAGGAGUCGUUAUUUCGUUGUCUUCAAUAUUUUCGAAGCACUGAUUUUGGUUGGCUCUUUACAGAGAAAGGGCUCUUGCCCCAUGCAAAAGGUCUUCAAAAAUUACUUGCGCAGAAAUUUGGAGCAAAAAAGCUUCAAAAAGCGUUAAAAAAUAACGUUUAUGCCCAAGGUUAUGGACGUCAUUCAUUAAUUGAAAUUGAAGAGAUUGCCAAAAAAGAUUUAAUUGCUCUUUCAACUCUACUUGGAGAUAAGCCUUUCUUUUUUGGAAGUACUCCUACUACAUUAGAUGCCGUACUUUUUGGGACAUUAACACAAUUUACUGACACACCUAUAAUUUCUGAAACAAUAAUGCCUUUGAUUGAAAAAAGUGCCCCAAAUCUGUUAGCGUUUGUUUCAUUAAUUAAAAAACGUUAUUGGCCUGAUUGGAAUGAAAUUACUGAAAAGUUGUUGUUAAAUCCUGAAGAUUCUGAACAUAAAAAGGAACAAAAAUAAAU